AUGUCAGAUUCUCAGUCUGUGGCUAUGGACGUUGACGGUCCGAGCACUGGACCCGGCACGCUUAAACGCUGCUCGAGUGCCCCCAUGAUUAAUGAAUCCACCGCUGUGAUGACUACAGCCAAUGCACCGGUUUCUAAAAGGGAACAUCAACCCUUUACUUUUGGGUCCUCUUCACAAACCAGAACUAGACGGUUCAGUGCUAGCUUUAGCCCUGUUCCAGGAUCACCGAUAUUGGGGCCGCACCUGACACCACGCAUCAACCAACUGAGGCAAGAAGAACAUGAGGGUAUCAGCAACACGCGAGAGUUGGCCCAUGAAAGGGAAAUCCACCAUGCCAUGCAAAUUUCGCAGUCUUGGGAGGACCUCAGUCUAAUGAACGACAGCAAUGAAUCGACGAAAAGUAAUAAAACGGCCCCGUUGCAAUUGAAUUUGCCGGGAGGCGGCGGAAGCAAUUUCAUGUCUAACUCGCCUUCUCCGACUAGGAUGGGCUUCCAGAGUCCUACAAGAUCCAGGACGAUCGUUAGAAGAAGCGCAAGUCCAGUGCUGCGUCCUAGUCCUUUAGGUGUUAAAAGAAAAUUAGAUGAUGAGAAGCUCGACUAUCUCAGUUGUCCAAGAGCUAAAAGAGUUUACAGUUAUUCUGGAAGUACCGACAGAGGCGGUCUUCUAACAACAACGGGUACCUCGCUACCGGGAUCGUUGAGUUCGAUCGGCACCCCCGAAUCCUUAUCCAGCGCCGAUUCUCCCAGCUUUAACAACUUCAGAAACGUGGACAGUCCAUCACCCGGUCAAGCCAUAGCCAUGGACAAUCUGUCGAUAUCGAAGAACGAUCAGGAAAUGUCGGAGAGCCCCAGCUAA